UACCUUAUUUUAAUAUUUAAGGAAUACAACGCCACUUUUUGUGAAUUUAAUCACACCUUUGGAAUUAUAUAAGAGAUUUUUUUUCAUUUUGAAACUCACCUCCAACUUUCUUCCAUGAUCAGCAUAAAACCAUAAUUCUGAAUUUUCUUUCUUUAUUUAACUUUAAUUUAAGUACCAAUAUCUUGAAAUUGAUGAAGAUAGAGCUGUAUCACUAAUAAAAUAACGUCUUUACAGUUGAUUCCACAUAAUCCCUACAGCAGAUUUAUCUCGAGUGGCUAUUGUAUUCGAUAUUUUUAUUAAAUAUUUAUAUUAUCAAAAUAUUUAUAACAAUUGGAUGGAACAAUUUCUUAAUGUACAGUAAAUAUUUGCAAAAACUCAAAAAUUAUUACAACCCAUUUCUUUGAUUUUUUUUAGACAGAGAAUAUGACAUCUUAUUAUCGUUUCUAUAAGAAGGAUGAAGGCCGAUAUCCUUGUGUCAAGAGAGUGUAUGUAGGAAAAGAACAUGUAGAUUUCUUGUACCAAUUUGUCAAGGACAGCAGGAGCAGAUAUAACAUUUCAUCAGGCCAAGAUCAGGAGUACAUCAAAAAGGACAGUUCUAGCAAACAAAUUGUAGAAGAUAUAUCUAAGAAGUUAAUUGGGGAUCCUAAUAAAUAUAAUAAUGUUUUUUACGGCUCAUUUUUUAUGAGAUCUGGUGGUUUCAAAAUCUCAAUAUCCUGGCAGGAACAACCACGUAUACUAUCAUCAGAUGAACCAGACGAUGAUAGCAGCGUUUUUUAUAAUUAUAUUGAUCUCGAGUUUGAUAAAGCCGUAUAUCCGAUCAGAGUUUCUAUAUAUGAAAUGUAUCGUCCUGGGUAUAUCACUCAAAUUUGGGCUCACAAUUCUGAAGAAAAUCGGUGGUUUCCAUUAUGGACUGGUAAAUGUCAGGCUCCUGUACUAGAGGAUUCACGGCUAUUUUCCCCGCCUUUGCAGUUUUGUGACUUCAAAACCAAAAGGCUUAGAUUAAAAUUUACGUACAGUUUUCUGUAUUAUGAGACAAAGUUAGCAGCUGUGAUGCUUAUCGGUACAUCAAAAUUAAUCCUUUCUAAAAAUACGGAAGGAAUUUUCACUAGUAUAUUAAAGAAUGUGAAGGGCCAACAUUUGAUCACUGAUAAUUUAACGCCUAUUGAUAAACAUGCACACUGGGAUAUAACGCAUCUCCAAGAGAAUUUUUCUAUAUACUGUACCAUUUAUACGAGCUACUUGCAUUCGAAUUAUGCACGGAUUAGAAAAUAUUUCAAACUUUCUUUAGAUAAUUCCAAGAAGCUUACACCUUGCGGUUUUUCUACGCUGCCUGAUGAAAUGAUACUAAAAAUAUUAAAGUACUUGGAUAUAAGGUCGUUGUGCCAUAUGAGCACAAUGAAUAAACGUCUUAAUAACUUAACACGAGAUGGUUCUCUCUUUAAGUGCUUGAAUUUAUUAAAUAUGCGCGAAGUGCCUUCUAUAUAUCAAGAUAAUAUUAUAUCAUACUUUACAUCCAGAUGUAAAUAUUUGCAAAAGUUGCAUCUUUCAUCAAGCAUUAUUUCCACUUUGGAAUUAAGAAAACUUCUUGACAUUUGCAGUGAGCGUUUAACGCAUUUACGAUUAAGUUACUGCUCAUUGAAAUCCACUGCUUUCGAUGACAUUGCGGAAAGAUGCAAUAAUUUGCAAGUAUUGGAUCUCAGUUUGUGGGAAGUUAGAGAUUCAUUUGAAUCGAUAUUGUCUGCAGAUAUUACACUUCGUGUUUGCAAAUUAUUAGAAAGAAAUCCUCGAUUACGUGAGUUAAAUUUGGAUUCUGGAGACGAGGACUUAUUAGAAUCCAAUUUCUUCUACGUCUCCAUUAAUGUGGACUCAAUUGCUACACAAUUGAGGGAUUCGUGCCCAAACGUGGAAAUACGAAAUAUAUCUGGCUAUGAUUGCACAAUUACAUCGGAAGGUAUUGAUGCUCUCGCCGAGUGUAAAAACUUGCGGAAACUGAACAUUGAGGAUGAUUACUGGAUCGAUGAAUCACUUGAGCCAAUAGGUGAGGAUAGCUUGCGUAGAUUGUUUUCCGCCUGUCAACGCUUGGAAGAAAUUAAGUUGAUGAAUUACCAUGAUAAUGUCGGCGAAUUACUGACUCUGUGUAAAAACUUAAAAGAAGUGCAUUUAAAAGUGUUACCUCUAAACGUGUUAACACUUCCCUUGCAGUGUCCAAAAUUGCAAAAAAUUUAUUUUGUGAAAGGUGACGAAGAAUUAAUUCACCGGAUGAAGCAAGAAUAUCCACAUGUAUCCUUGUGUAAAUUAGAAUAUGUUGAGUAUAUGUAUUAAAUUUUCGCGCUUCAACAUGCUCGUGUCGUGUCUUACGAUGGCACCACUGUACGGGAGACAAUUCGGAGCAAUGUCGUGCUUCCGGCGCUCCCGCUCUUGCGCACUUCCUCGCGGAACGUCUGCCUAGUCGAACGUGCUAUUUUUCUUGUAUUAGAAAUACACAUUUGUAUUACACUCCAAAAAGGACUUCGAGUUUCAUUGAAUUGCAAUAACCCACUGUGCUCCGCAACAGAAUAGUAACAUAAUUUUUAUAUAUUGUACAUGUACGCAGAAGAGUGAUUGGUGUAAUGGCUGCGUAAUUUUCUCUCACAGCGGAACAGUCGAAGUUAUCUUUCACAGAUUUUGAUAGACUUUGGACAUGUUGUAGAAAUGUAGAGCGUCAAAAAAUAUUUUCAGCUGUUCAACUCAACAUUUAGAGGUUGAAAUAAUCUCUCGAAAUUAAUAUACCUCGUUCCAUUUUUGGCGAAUAUCUUGGAAAAGAUAAGGUGCAGAAAUGCUUUAUGUAAAAGAUUUAUGGAAUUUUAUAUUCUUUACAAUAUUUUGAUAUUUAUCUAAAUUUUUAGUUUACCCAUUCCCAUCUAUUUCUACAGUUUAAGAAUUUGUAAAGUAAAAAUUACACAAUACAAUAACGUAAUAAUAUGUUUGAGGAAUAAUUUUGCAAUGAUGAUGAUUUUAAAAUAAUUGUGUGCACUAAUAACACCUGAAUCUAUAUAGUUCUUCUUGUUAGAUUUCUUAAAUAUCGCUUUUGCAAUUUACUUUUCCUUGUGUUUAUGUGUAAUAUAACUUCGUGCAAUUCUAUUGCAUGGAUCAGUCUCUUAUGACACACGUGCUAUCGUAGUCACAACAAAUUAAAGAAAAUUACUUUGGCGUUUGUUCCCUGACAAGUUGCUAGGUACAAGCAAUCUCGAGCUAAUACUGUACGUAACGUUUUCACGAAAAUUAAAUCGAUCAGAAUUUGAUCUAAAUUUAAGUAUCGUUAUAAGGACAUACCGAUUUUUGCGACAUGCUCAAUAAAGAAUCAAGCUGGCCAGAAUCAGCCUCCCUCCUCAACGAAACGCUGAUGCCUCAUCGAUCGGAGAUCUGUGUUUGAACUGAGCCAAACACCAUGCCUGCCGCACGCUUUAUAUUUUAGGCUCAUUAAAAAUAUCGCGCAUCAGCCCUGCCAAUGGUACGAUAUAGUUUGCGUCGCUUUCGGACACGACGCAUUGCGAUCAGAUAUACCACGACCAUGCGGUUAAUCUAUUUCUGGCUCCCUAAACGUACUGAAGGAUCCGAAGAAAGGCUCCCGUCGUUUUCCGCAUAUCCGCUGCGACUGUGCACCGCGAAAUACAACCCAGGGAAAGUGAAAAGUCAAGACGAUGCCAAUUUGAUGUCAUA